CAGUGGGAGCACAGAGGCUGCAGUGUAGGGGAGUGACCGAGGAGGAGCUACAGUAUUCAGUCUUGUUUGUUUGUAUUCUGCCUAAAGUGCUGUCAGCCAGUAUUUGCUGCUCUUGCUGCCUGCUAGGAGGGAUCGCCUCCACGUCCAGUGACUUGUGUCCGUGAUUGCAGACUGACGAGAGAGAAGCACAGCAACCAUGAGCAGCGUGUAUGAUGUUAUUGUGGUCGGUGGAGGCAUCUCAGGUCUUUCUGCCGCUAAAUUGUUGGUGGAAUCAGGAUUAACUGUUGUUGUGCUGGAAGCACGGGACAGGGUUGGAGGAAGAAUCCAUACAAUAAGAAACAAAGAAGUUCAGUACGUGGAUGUUGGUGGGGCAUAUGUUGGACCAACACAAAAUCGAAUUUUACGGGUGGCAAAAGAAUUGGGUAUCAAAACAUACAAAGUGAAUGUAACACAACGUGCUAUCCAUCAUGUCAGGGGAAAAACCAACGCAUUUUAUGGAGCAUUCCCUCUGUCAUGGAACCCGUUGGUGAUUUUGGAUUUUAACAAUCUAUGGCGGACGAUAGAUGAUUGGGGAGAAGAGAUUCCGGUUGAUGCCCCGUGGAAAGCUCCUCAUGCAAACGAAUGGGACAAAAUGACAAUGAAGGAGUUUAUAGACAAAGUUUGUUGGACAAAAACAGUUAAAAGGUUCGCUCAGCUAUAUGUGAAUGUGAACGUCACCUCUGAAACACAGCAUGUUUCUACUCUGUGGUUCCUCUGGUACACAAAGCUCUGUGGGGGAUCACAGCGAAUGUUUUCAGUAGAAAAUGGAGGACAGGAGCGAAAGUUCAUUGGAGGUGCUGGCCAGAUUAGUGAGAAAUUAAUGGAACAGCUUCAAGAUCGAGUUAAGUUACAGAGACCGGUGGUCAGACUUGAUCAGUCAGGUGAAAAUGUCAUUGUGGAGGCCUUAAACCAUGAAGUCUAUCAUGGCAAGUAUGUUAUCAGUGCUAUACCACCAUGUCUAACUAUGAAGAUCCACUUUAAUCCAGAACUCCCACCAGUUAGAAAUCAGUUAAUACAGAAAAUCCCAAUGGGAUCUGUUAUAAAGUGCAUGAUGUACUACAAGGAACCUUUUUGGAGAAAACUGGAUUACAGUGGAGCAAUGUUUAUUGAUGAUGAAAAUGCCCCAGUUGAGAUUGCAUUAGAUGAUACUAAACCUGAUGGCUCGUGUCCAGCCAUAAUGGGUUUUAUUUUAUCCAGAAGAGCAUCUGCUCUUACAAAUCUCACUAAGGAGGAGAGGAAGAGAAGAAUAUGUGAGUACUAUGCCAAAGCUAUGGGCACGAAAGAGGCACUACAUCCAGUACAUUAUGAGGAGAAGAACUGGUGUGAAGAACAGUACUCUGGUGGCUGCUACACUGCCUAUUUCCCACCAGGAAUCAUGACUCAGUAUGGAAGUGUCAUUCGACAGCCUGUUGGGAAGCUUUACUUUGCUGGCACGGAAACUGCAACACAGUGGAGUGGCUAUAUGGAAGGUGCAGUGCAGGCUGGUGAGAGAGCAGCCAGAGAGAUAAUGUGCAAAAUGGGACUCAUUUCGGAGAAUGAAAUAUGGUUGCCUGAACCAGAAUCUGUGGAUAUUCCAGCCUUGCCAUUUAAUAGAUCAUUUCUGGAAAGAAUUCUGCCAUCAGCGCAAGGAUUUGUUAGGUGUAUCGGCUACUCUACUUUUUUUGCAUCUGCAACUGCUCUUGGGUUUCUAGCAUACAAAAAAGGCUUCAUCAGAGUAUAAUCUGGAUAUUUUAAUUUUAGAAUCGUAACAUGAAUCAAUUGAAAUGCCAUUUGCAAUAUGUCAAUCAAUAGUAUAAUUUUUUUAUUUUAGGCUGCAAUUUAAAAAAAAGAAAAAAACACCCUUUCCAUUUUGUCACCAAAUGUGUUACAUAAUGAAAAAAAUAUAUUUUGGAGACUGUUUAAUUCUAAAAGUGAAAAUUAAAAUAGCAUUUUACUAAGCCAGAUAAAUGGUAUAGGAUUUUCAAAGUGAAAGUACUCAUUGUAGUUCCAUUGCUAGAUGUGCGGAAAUACUAUAAUCUAUGCAGAGUUUAGGAUAACGGCAAAAUUGACAAAGGAAAAAGUUAUGCAACAUACAAUGUCAGUUCUAUUGAUUGUAAACUGGAUGUUUCUAUAAAACCAUGAAAAGAAACUGUGUAAAACAGACCUUUAUGCUGGAUACAUAUUGUACAAUGCUUCUUCUCUGUCAACAUGUUUCUAGUCAACCCUUAAUUAUGUUUAACUAGUUACCAGCCUGUCAAAAUGAAGGAACAACAUAACAGUAAUGUCAGCGUCAGCGAACGGGCCAACACUUGAAUUGCUCUGUCAGGCACCAUCUAGUGGCUGCCGGUGCGCACAACAGUUGAAUUGCCCCCAGACAGCUGAGGAGCAGCGUUAGCCUUUUAUUAUAAGUAAUAGACAGUAGCAUUUAUUUAGUGCUGGUGUGCAUUAACUCAUUAUGACCAAUCAAUCAUUAGCUUUAUUUUAAUCCAAAUUAGACAAUGAAAGCAAAUGCGUAACCAGUUGUAAUGAGAUUUUGGCUAUUUGCAACUUGCAAAGUGGCAACCAGGGGCCCGAUUCAGACCUGAUCGCUGUUCUGCAAAUUACACUGUCCUGCAAUCAGAUAGUCGCCGGCCAGGGUGAGUGAAAAGUCGCCCCAUGCAAGUGUGCGAUUGCAGGUGUAUGCUGUGUGAAAAUUCCCCUCAGUCAGUGACAGCUGCAAAUCUGUUCGCAUCACACUCACUAUCUAAUGUUUUUCCCAUUGUGUGCAGUCUGUGCGUAGCUCAAUACUUACUCCUCCAGUGCGAAGAAAUCAGGCUGAUCGGGGCCGGAGCUGACAUCACACACCUGCCCUGAAAAUGCUUGGGAACGCCUGCGUUUUUACUGACCCUCCCAGGAAAUGGUCAGUUUCCACCCACAAAUGGCCUCUUCCUGUCAAUAUCCUUGUGAACGCCCGUACAAUAGAAAUUUCCGCACCAUCCUGACACUGUUUGGCUACGCGCAUGCACAUUGCGGUGCAUACACAUGCACAGUCAUUCAAUAAUUGGCCACUGUGCGAUUUCGCACAACAACGAUGAGGUCUGAAUCAGGCCCCAUAUUUGGUUCCUAUUUUGCCUAGCUUAAUAGCUUAUAUUUCAUUGUCAUUCAGUGGCAUACGAAAGCACACAGUAAAAAUAAUUGACAAUAUGUUUAUAGAUGUAGUUGUCAUGUGCUUCACUCCAUCUAACACACUAUUGGAAUGGAAUUGAUGCAGGUAAUUCAUUGCUAAAAUGUAUUGACUAAUCUAGAAUUAUUUGUACUAGCAUUGAAAAUGUGAUUACAGUAUGUUUAUAGGAGUCUAAAUAACAGUGGUUUACAUAUAGUCAAUAUGCAUUUCAGCAAUGUAUCAAAAUAGAAUAAUUAACAGCAGACAAUCUAUGAUUCUCCUAGGAAGUCACCUGAGACUUGAUAAUACAGUUUUAUGUUCAUGAUUUAAUGUUCUUUAUGUCAGUAAUGACUACUUGUUGUUGUGCUCAUGUUAUACUACAGUAUGUGUUUUUGUUAAGAUGAAGAUCAAAUUUUUUACCAUUAUAUAUCACAUUUAUGGGGGAGAUGUACUGUAUAAGCCCUGUAGAGUGAUAAAAUGUAGGCCCUCAUUCUGAGUUGAUUGCUAGCUGCUUUCGUUCGCAGCGCGGCGAUUAGUUGAAAAAGCUGCACUUCUGCGCAUGUGUAUGGGCCGCAGUACGCAUGCGCGAAGUAUUUUCACACAAAAUUAUGCAGUUUUACACGAGGUCUAGCGACGCUUUUCAGUCGCAAUGCUGAUCGUUGUGUGAUUGACAGGAAGUGGGUGUUUCUGGGCAGAAACUGACCGUUUUCAGGGAGUGUGCUGGAAAACGCAGGCGUGUCAGGGUAAAACGCAGGAGUGGCUGGGGAAACGGGGGAGUGGCUGCCCGAAUGCAGGGUGUGUUUGUGACGUCAAAGCAGGAACUAAACUGACUGAGGUGAUCGCAAGGUAGGAGUAAGUUUCGAGCUGCUCAGAAACUGCAUGAUCAUUUUUACGCGCAGUUCUGCCAACCUUUCGUUCGCACUUCUGCUAAGCUAAGAUACACUCCCAUAGGGCGGCGGCCUAGCGUGUGCACUGAUGCUAAAAGCAGCUGGCGAGCGAUCAACUCGGAAUGAGGGCCGUAGAGAGGUAAAGUACAGCCAACCAGCUCCUAACUGCCAAGUCACAGGCUGUGUUUGAGAAAUGACAGAAGCUGGUUGGUUGGAACUUUAUCUCUCGCCAUUUUAUCAGUCUCUAUGCUUAGUACAUCUGCCCAACAACUUCUAUUUACAGUUAAAAUAAGCUUCACAGUGUCAUCUAUUCAAAAAGAACAAAUAAGCUUCACAGUGAAAUCGAUUAAAGAACAAAUAGACUUCAGAUAAAUAAAAGUUUUUUUAUAACACCAA